CAUUUUCAUUUUUUGUUUUACCCUCCAUUUCUUUCGUCUUCUCAGAACACCCAAAGACGCAAUUCGAGAGAGAGAGAGAGAGAGAGAGAGAGAGAGAGAGAGAGAAACAGAGAAAGAAAGAAUGGCGAUGUCAGGACCUACACCAGAUGCCGUUUCAACCAUACUUGAAAACCCAUCACCGGAUACUUCCACCGGAAUGCCAGAGAUCGUCGUUCAAGUUCUCGAUCUCACAGCUAAGGGUAACCGAUACAUGUUUACUGCUAGUGAUGGGAAAAAAAAGUUAAAAGGAAUCCUCCCAUCGCAUCUGACUACCGAGGUCAUCUCAGGAAACAUUCAGAAUCUGGGUCUUAUUAGAAUCCUUGAUUAUUCUCUCAAUGACAUUCCAAGCAAGUCCGAAAAAUAUGUAAUUGUAACAAAGUGCGAGGCGGUUUCUCCUGCACUAGAAAAGGAAAUCAAAAGUGAGAUUAAAAGUGAGGAAACUGGCAUUAGUUUGAAACCAAGGCAAGAAAAUGAGAUCAAGAGUGAGGUGAAAAUGGAAGAAGCUGGCAUUAUCUUGAAGCCAAAGCAAGAAAUUAUUGCAAAAUCAGCUGCUCAGAUAGUCCAUGAGCAGCACGGAAAUAUGGCCCCUGCUGCUCGGAUGGCCAUGACACGCAGAGUUCAUCCUCUUGUUUCCUUGAACCCUUACCAAGGCAGUUGGACCAUAAAGGUCCGUGUUACGAAUAAGGGAACCAUGCGCACAUAUAAAAAUGCUAGAGGUGAAGGCUGUGUCUUUAAUGUGGAGUUAACAGAUGAAGAUGGAACCCAAAUUCAAGCAACAAUGUUUAAUGAGGCAGCAAGGAAGUUCUAUGAAAGGUUUCAACUAGGGAAGGUUUACUACAUUUCAAAGGGAACUCUAAAAGUUGCUAACAAGCAGUUUAAAACAGUGCAAAAUGAUUAUGAAAUGACAUUGAAUGAGAAUUCUGAAGUGGAAGAGGCCAGCAAUGAAGUAUCUUUUGUUCCUCAAACUAAAUUUAAUUUUGUUCCAAUUGACCUGAUGGGUCCUUAUGUAAAUGGGAGGGAGCUUGUGGAUGUUGUUGGUGUUGUUCAGAGCGUAUCUCCUACCAUGAGCAUCAGAAGGAAGAGCAACAAUGAGAGUAUUCCAAAACGUGACAUAAUAAUUGCUGAUGAGACGAAGAAGACAGUUGUAGUUUCUUUGUGGAAUGAUCUUGCAACUACUGUAGGCCAGGAAUUGCUUGAUAUUGCUGACCAAUCACCCAUCGUUGCUAUUAAGUCCCUCAAGGUUGGGGACUUUCAAGGUGUGUCUUUGUCAACACUGAGCAGGAGCACAGUAUUGGUAAAUCCAGAUAUACCUGAAGCAAAGAAGUUGAGAACUUGGUAUGAUUCUGAAGGUAAAGGCGCCUCAAUGGCCUCUAUUGGCGCUGGUGUGAGUUCAGCAACCAAGACUGGUGCAAGAUCCAUGUACUCUGACAGAGUCUUCCUUUCUCAUAUAACCGAGAACCAUUCAAUGGGCGAGGAUAAGCCUGUGUUUUUCAGCGUGAGAGCAUAUAUAAGUUUUAUCAAACAUGAUCAGACAAUGUGGUAUCGAGCUUGCAAAACUUGCAACAAGAAAGUGACAGAGGCUAUCGAUUCUGGUUAUUGGUGUGAAGGGUGCCAAAAAAAUGAUGAAGAGUGUAGUUUAAGAUAUAUAUUGGGAGCACGCGUUACUGAUGCAAGUGGUGAAGCUUAUAUCUCUGCAUUUAAUAAUGAAGCAGAGAGUAUAAUUGGGUGCUCUGCUGAUGAACUUGAUAAAUUGAAAACUCAGGAGGGAGAGGAUAAUCUAUACCUGCAAAAAUUGAAGCAAGCUACUUGGGUUCCUCAUCUGUUCAGGAUCAGUGUUUCUCAGAGUGAGUACAACAAUGAAAAGAGACAAAGGAUAACAGUCAGGGCCGUGGCCCCCGUUGAUUUUGCUGCAGAAUCAAGAUUUUUGCUAGAAGAAAUAUCAAAGAUGAGAUCUUCCUGAUAUAUUAAUUUAAUAACUAAUGCAGAUGUUAGCGUCUAGGAUCACUCUUCUGGAUGUUGGGGAAAGCUACUUCUUUUGAAAUGUAACUAAUGGUUCUCAUGCUUUUGCCUAGAUAGAAUAUAAUUUUCAGAAAGUACAGUUGCUUUUUGUUGCAUUCUGGAUUUGUCUACGGUGGAGUUUUCAUAUAAUUUGAUCUGUCUUGCACAUGACUAGUGUUUUGCUACUGA